AUGAUAUUUUGGUCGUAUCAAACACCCUGGCGGGGUUUCGUCUCUUCAACAUUGAAUGACAACAGUGUGAAAGAGAAUUUCUUAAAAUUGACGACUGAUAUAAAGAAAGCCCACGAUCUGAGACAACUUUGUGCAACCCCCAUGAAAACAUCACACUCUCUUCACCUGAAUAAGCGACUAAGGCUUCGUAUUAUUCAGUUUCCAGUGAAUGUUGUUUAUUUGGAAUACCAGAGAAUGGAUGCGAACCAAAUAUCACGUCAAAGUAUUGAUGCUUGCAAGGAUUACUUCCGUGAUGAUUUACUGAAAUCCGAUUGGGCUCUUAUGUAUGAUUCGACAGUAACAGCAGCAGCAGCAGCAGCAAUGAGCUUAAAUAAUGUAUUCGAGAACAAGGCGAGGCAACAAAGUAGCGCGGUGAUCAGUGAAUUUCGUCUUUAG